UCGUCGUUUCCUCCAUCUGAAAUCACAGAGGCCCGUCACCUAGCAACCAUGGCCGGGAUCUCAAACAAACCCCGGGAUGGUGGAGAUCCCUGCCGCUGAAGGAUGCCACCCACCAGGGGCUCCUUCCCUUGCUGCAGCUGUGACAGUAAAGACCCCUCCGGUGGCAAGGCUGGGACCUCCCAGAGAGGUUCUCUUACUGAGCUCGCUCCCCUUGCCCAGGAGCAGGACCCUUGGAAUCGCCUGCAUGCAACACCCACCUUGUCUAGCGUCAGGAGGGAAGUCUGGUACCUGGAACCUGGGGUUCCCCAGGACAGCCUGGACUUUAACCUGAGCUCGUUGUAUGACCACCACAAGGAGCUGCUCAGAGACAAGAACCAGGUAGUCAUCCACAAGGAGACACUCUUUGAUGACCAUGGAGUACUGAAGGGGCUUGACUCUGUACAGGAACCUAAGCCACUCCCUGCUGAAAGCCGUAUGUCCCAGGGACUGCCUACAAGAUGCUGGGUCAGCCCAACAAAGGAAUCAGUCCACAGCAUCAAGGGCACAAUCGAGUGCCCACAUAACGCUUCCACCAACAGCGGGUACUCCCGCAAAGAUAACGGAGGCUUCUUUUCUCAAUGAAGACUGCGCCAACCUUUGCCACUGCUGCCGGACUGGAUCUUCUUUGGAUGAACAUAACUCUCAUCCCCAUUGCAUUCUUGUAAAGCCCUUCAUUCAGCCAAGCCCACCAAACGAACACAGCUCUGGUAUUU